AUGGCCACCACGGCCGCCGCCGAUGACGACAGCGACCGUCCUCCUCUCCGUCGAGACUCAGUUCCAGUCGUUGAUCUCCGUCUCCUCUCCCAGUCAGAGCUCUACUCCCUCUCUCUAAGUUCCGACUCCUCCUUCGAUCUCAACCGUGGCGAUGACGUCGUUAUCCCCAAAAUUAACCGCUCCGUUUUCAACGAAUCCGCCGGUAGCCGUAAACAGACCUACUCCCGUCUCCGUCUUGCAUCGGCUGAGUCCUCCGCAACAACCAAAACCACCACCCUCCACCGCCGCACACCUCACCUCCGUUCGUCCCAUACAACCUCUUCUAACAACAUUAAUGACCCCGAACAAGCGGAAAACUCUCAGAUCAUCCGUAUGUUGAAACAUCUCUGCAAGUCGGAUCCAAAUUUCCAGGAUGUAGUUGAGAAUGAAGACGAAAACGACAGCAAUUCCGUUGUGCCUGAAUUCUUGAACCCGGAAAACCUAGGCAUAAAGCGAAAACGAGGGAGGCCGCGGAAGCAUGAGAAUGUGGUUUUCCUUCGUCCUCCCACCGCGAAGAGAAUUCGUAAUAAUACGGUUAAGAAAGUGGUUGUAUUUGAUCACGAGAGGGAUAGAGAAAUUGUAAAUGAUAGAGGUGUGCCGGUAAAUUUGACAACACUUGCCGGAUUAGAGGAUCCCUACGGGCCCGAAAUUAGGAGGAGGACUGUGGGAAUGUCGACGGAAGAUGAGUUGUUAGGGUUUCUGAGAGGUUUGAAUGGACAGUGGGGGAGUAGGAGGAAGAAGAGAAGGGUUGUGGAUGCAAUUGAAUUUGGUGAUGUUUUGCCUAAAGGCUGGAGGCUGAGUCUCUGUAUAAAGAAGAAAGAAGGCCGUGUUUGGUUAUUCUGUCGCCGUUACAUAAGUCCUAGUGGUCAACAAUUCGAGUCAUGCAAGGAAAUAUCUACAUACUUGAUCUCUGUUAUUGGACAAGAAAACUUGGAUAAGCCAAAUCACAUUGACAUUAACAGUUGUGAUGACAAUGCUUUCAAAGGAGCUUCUGUGAAUGCUGCUGAUCUUGUUCUACAAGAGGACAUCAAAAGGGAUGGCCCAAUUAAUAAUCCAUCAUCAUCAUCAUCAUGCCCAGUCAACAAUCCAUCAUCAUCGCCACCAGCACCACCUUUGCCUACAAACUGUGAGGAGCAAGUCACCAUGGAUAUUGAGGAUGCAAUGGAUGUACAAAUAGGAGACGUUUUCAAGUGCCUCAAAUGCUCAUUGAUUUUUGAGGGGAAGGACAAUUUAUUGGACCACCAGGUGCUAGCUCAUGACACCGAGAGAUCUCAACUUGGUACAGCAGUUACUGAGUGGGUUAUUGUAGAAGGUGGAAUAUUUGAGUGCCAGAUCUGCCAUAAAACAUUUAGUGAUAGGAACCAGUAUAACGGCCAUAUAGGGUGCCAUGUGAAAAAUGAAGUAGAGAAAACUGAACCAUCACUAGCUCCAGCCUCAGAAUUGGAUUGUGAUCCUCGAUUGAUGACUGGACUUCCUAACAAGGAAGCGCUAGCAUCGGUUUCGGCUGGAGACAAUAUUGAACCUGCUUCUCAUCUUAAUUACGAAACAAAUUCUGGUAAACUAUCCAAUGCCGAUGAGCUUGUUCAUGACCUUAACAUUGUGUCUCAUAGUAUACAGGACGGACAUAUUGAUGUAGAUAGGAAUAUUUAUAUUGAAGAAUCCCGUGAUAAGUUGGGCAACAACUGUACCAUAAAUGAUGAAGUCUCUAGGACGGACCAAGUUCCUGAUAUUGCUGUUUCUCAGUCUGGACUUUUAGUUGAUGAAGUCCCCCUAUCCGUUAAUGAAAGCAACAGACAACCUGAAACUUCUGGCGAAGCUCAUGUUAAAUGUAUCGACGAUAAGUUGGAUUGCGAUCUUGAUCAGGGUAUAAGUUCUGGAAGCUUUCUGCUAUCUCCAUUCCCAAAUAAACUGACGGGCAACGGUAGUGGUGCUGGGGAAAGUGACAUUAGUGGACAGGUGCUCAAUCAAGAUGCAGUUUCUGAAACUGGAGUUACAUAUGUUGAUUCUGUUCAUGACAAAUCAGAUUGCAUCCUUGAGCAGGGAAGUUCUGGGAACUGUCUCCUUCCUUCAUCAUCAAAUGAACCGAUGGGCAAUGGUCAUGGUGUUGGUAAAGAUAUUGUUGGUAUGGCUGCUAGUGUUGGAGUCCUCAAUCAUACAGUUUCUGAAACUUCGCGUCCUAAAUCAAGCAUCUGUGAAGAAAAGGGUUUUGGUGCAAACAUGGAUAUGCCUAUCAAUAGUACAUCUGACGAGUUGAUAUCUGAAAAGGAGAAAGUUGUUGGUGGGUCUUCAUUUGGGCUUUUUCUUGAUCGUUUUGGGCUGGAUAAGGAUGGUGCGACCGUAGCCAAGAAGCUUUCUACAAAGGCAACCCGUUCCCUCAUUUCACCAAGUAUUGAUUCAGUUAAAGCUGUCAAUAGUGAAAGCCUAAUAUCUUCCAGAAAACAAAAGUCUGCGCAGAAGGGAGGUCUCGUUAGCAGCAGAGAUGCUCCACCCGUUGAUAAUCUUGCUCAUGGCACCUAUAAUAAUGUAAAUAAACUCUCAUCUGGCUUAGCAAGUUCCAGACUUGAUGGACAAUUUGAUGUUAGGAGGAAUGCUUUUGUCAGCUAUGGUGCAUCAGGUAUAGAAGGCGUGAGUACUUUUGGAGACGAAAAUGAAUUUAGAAGUCAUCCAUCUCUCACAUCAUGGCAGGAGGAAGAGUGCGAAAAUAAAAAUCUUGAUGGUGAUGUCUCCUUUCCUACAAUGGAGGAACCCAGGAUGCAAAUAAAUUCUGAAAGAAGGUCGUUUCUAUCUGGUGGUGAGCAAAGCUGCUGUACUGAAAAUGUAACGGAAGUUCCUUCAAAUAAAUCAGAGGAAGCCAAAUUAGACGACUUCCAUAUCUUUAGGAACAAUGAGGCAAAACGUAAUGAAUCAGUUGCUUCUUUAGGCAGCAGCCAUGAUGGGUUGAAUAGGGAUGUUUUGGAUUUUAAUACAAAAAGCAACCUUGAAUUCUGUUCACUUGUUCCAUCUGAAAAUGAGCAAGCGUUUAGCUUCCAAGACGAUGUAACUUGUCUGUAUGACAGGGCAAUGGAGGAAUGCAAACAGGAGAGCUCAGAAAGGGGAUUGCUUAAUCAUUUUUCCAUUGCUGAUACAUCCGAUGAUAUUUUUGAGAAUAAGAUCUAUUCUACACCACUAGAUGGGCUCAAAUUCGAUGAUGACAGAGAUAUUAGCAGCAAUGAGUUAAGUCUUGCUUUUGGGAACCCUCAUGCUCUAUAUCCCGAUGCUAUUAGGGUGGAGCAGAAAAAAGAUCUUGUAAGUUGCUCUGUAGUUCCAUCCAAGAUUGAUGAAGCUUUUGAUGUCCAUACUAGUUUGAGUAUGGUUAACAAUAGUAUGGUAGAGAAUCUCAAAGCGGGAAGAGGUUCAGUGGGCGGAUUAUUUAAUCUCUCUUGUAACGACAAAACUAGUAGUUUUCCUAAUGGUGGUAAUACAGUUUACCCUGGCAGAGCAUGGGAGGGGAUGAAAUCCGAUGAAUUUAAAAAUUCUGGAAACAAGUUCACCACCGGUUUUGGAAGCAAUCAUGGUCAAACUCAUGAAGUUGUGCCUAGUGGUAUGUGGAAAACUACUGGUGAUGGAAAUCAACUGCAAAGUGGUUUAUCCACCCCUUCACAUCCACAGAUCCAGUCUCCUAGCUCUUUCCAUUCCUUCAAUAUAAUGUCAGAGAAGGUUGGAGAUGGACAGUUUAGACUUGAUGAAAGGUAUAAUGAAGGUUUUGGUGUGAGUGGGAUGAGAUCAAGUAGACCUGAACCUGUGGAAUUCAGUUUUCUAACCGGUAGAUCUCAACAUAAUCCACACCCGCUUCAAGGGGAUUCAAGGGUCUUCUCGUACAAUGCGGGUAUGGAACAGCAGUUUGAUUCUUCUUUUUGGCUUGGAAAGAACGGUAUGAUGCCAAGUACGGGUGGAAGAAAUCAGAUUACCAGCGUAUGUGCUUGGUGUAGAAAUGAAUUCCAUCUCCAACCGGUUCAUCCUGGAACACAAGAUGGAAUUGGUUCUUUGUGCCCGUCUUGCAGUGCAGGAAUGUCAGGGCAUGUCAACAUGUUGUAGAACAAUCUCUGCUUUCAGUCGAGCAGUAUUUCCUCGAGAACAUAAGGUUAACAACAGGGCCAGAUUUCAGUUGCUUCAAUGAAGACAGGCUUUCAUGGAUAUUGCUGACUUGUGGUACUCUUCUUGAAAGCAGAUUUUGAUUUAGUUAUUUUCAAACAUUUUUAGAAUUAUAUCUACAUUGAUGUCAAAUGGUUCCCUCAGCCAUGGCAUUUUGUCUUUGCAAAGACAACUUAUGAAGGUGGUCUUAUUGGGGUCC